GUUAAAACUGGAGGAAAUAUUUUUUAAGAGAAGAUCAGAGGAAGCAUCGAAUACUAAAGUAAGAGGUCGUUCAUGUCUCGUUGUGUCUUGGUUUCCGGAAGCAAUGAAAGGUUUAGGCCGUCUGAGAUGAAUAACGAUCAACUUUUAUGAAGAUGAUGAAGACAGAUAGACAUGUUGUCUGUAUAUUCUAUUUUGAAAGAACAAAAUUCACUUUAAAGGUGUCUCAAAAAUAAAUGUGAGCUAAACAAUCAAAGACAGUGCCUUUAGCCUCACCAUUUCUUAGCUACAUGUGAUAUGUCAGCUUCCAAAUAUUUGAAAGCAAGCAAGAAAACCAUCUCCCUCUUAGACCAAAAAGGCCUUACCAUCUCACAAUUGAAGCAAAUUCAAUCCCAUCUCACUGUCACAGCCACCCUUAAAGAUCCAUAUUCAGCAGCAAAAAUUCUCUCUCUCCAUGCACAUUCCAAUGCCAAAAGCUCUCUCUUUUAUGCUGAAAGACUCUUUCUUUGCCUUCAAAACAAGUCCACCUUCAUCUGGAACACCAUGAUGCAAGCUUUUGUAGAAAAAAAUGAGCCCAUGAGAGCCUUUUCUCUAUAUAAGCACAUGUUAGAGAGCAAUUACUUGCCUAAUAACUUUACUUUCUCUUUUGUUAUCAGGGCUUGUAUUGAUGUUUUUAAUUUGCAAAUGGGUUUAUGUUUUCAUGGCCAAGUCAUUAAAUUUGGAUGGGAAAGUUAUGAUUUUGUGCAAAAUGGAUUGAUUCAUUUGUAUGCAAAUUGUGGGUUUAUGGACUUGGCUAGGAACAUGUUUGAUAUGAGUAUAAAGAGGGAUGUUGUUACUUGGACUUGUUUGAUUAGUGGGUAUUUAAAUUCCGGUCAAGUCUUGAUUGCUAGGGAGUUGUUUGAUAGAAUGCCUGAGAAGAAUCCGGUUUCGUGGGGUGCCAUGAUCGGAGGGUAUGUGCGAAUUGGGUUUUUUCAGGAAGCUUUAGAGGUUUUCUAUGAUAUGCAGGUUUCUGGGUUUAGGCUUAAUCGUGCUAGCAUUGUUGGUGCUCUUACGGCGUGUGCUUUCUUAGGGGCUUUGGAUCAAGGAAGGUGGAUAUAUGCUUAUGUUAAGAGGCAUCAUAUGUCAUUGGAUAGAAUGCUUGGCACUGCGCUAAUUGAUAUGUAUGCAAAGUGUGGAUGUAUCGAGAUGGCUUGUAGCGUGUUUGAUGAGAUGGAUGAUAGGGAUGUCUAUGCUUUUACUUGUUUGAUUUCGGGUCUAGCUAAUCAUGAUAAGAGUGAAGCUGCCAUUGCUUUGUUUAACAGGAUGCAGGAUGAGGGAGUUGUGCCGAACGAGGUCACAUUCGUAUGUGUCCUAAAUGCUUGUAGCCGUAUGGGAAUGGUGGAUGAAGGGUUGGGAAUAUUCGAGAGCAUGAGUAAUAGAUAUGUCAUUGAGCCACAAAUCCAGCAUUAUGGCUGUUUGGUGGAUCUUUUGGGGAGAGCUGGGAAGAUAGAGGAAGCAAAGAAGGUGGUGAGAGAGAUGCCACUGCACCCAGAUUCAUAUACCUUGGGUGCAUUGCUAGAUGCAUGUAGAGUACAUGGUGAUGUCCAGCUGGGUGAAGAAAUGGUUGAUACCUUGGCGCAGCGGUGUCUUGACCAUGGUGGUGUACAUGUUCUUCUUUCAAACAUGUAUGCCUCCGCUGACAAAUGGGAGGAUGUCUCAAAGGUAAGGAAGAAGAUGGAAGAUAAAAGCAUAAGAAAGUUGCCAGGUUGUAGUUCAAUUGAAGUGAAUGGUACUGUUUGUGAAUUUGUCAAUGGAGAUAGGUCCUGUACACUUAAGGAAGAUAUGAUGUUCUUGCUGUUUGGAAUUGACAAACACUUAAAGUCUCUUUUUCUUGAUGAUGAUGAGCAUUAUAAGGUAACCAUGGAACAAGUUCCCUCGUAGCCAAGAGUGAUGCUUAGAGACUUCAUAUCAUGCUCUUGCUGUUUGGAAUUGACAAGCACCUAAAGUCUCUUUCUUUUGAUGACGAUGAUGAUCAUGAUAGUGUAACCCUGGAGCAAGUUUUCUCAUAGCCAUUAGCGGGUGUGGCACUAACUGUAUUGUGAUUGAUAUUGAAGCAUUUUAGCCAAAUAUAAAA